AUGAAGAGUUUAGCGAGUAAUCCAGGAGAAAAGGCACUUCAGGCAGAGGAAGCAGCGGGGACAGAGAUCUUGGGCGACCUCUGUGUCCCUCCUGGUAUUCCUGUGUUCCUGCAGUCCCUCUCCACCUCCCUGUCACCCCUUCCUCCUGUGCUCAUCCAGGCCUUCUCCAGCCAGUGGAAUCCAGCCCCGGUUCCUGUCAGCAGCCCUUCCCUGCUGCUCCCCAUCCCUGCCAUCGUCUUCAUUGCUGUGGCCAUCUAUUUGUUGCUGCUGGGCCUAGUGCUGCUGACUAGGCACUGCCUGCUGGCCCAGGGCCGCUGCACAGACUGCAGCUCCCCCUGCAGGAAGCAAGGUGCCUCGGGGCCACAAGAUUGUUGCUGGACAUGUGCAGAAGCCUGUGACUUCCCUCUGCCUAGCCCAGGCCACUACCUGGAUGCUUGCUGCCCCCAGCCCACUGAAGCUGGCUGGGCCCCACAGUGCCCUCGCUGCUGCCCACUCUGUGACUGUGCCUGUGCGUGCCAACUUCCCGACUGCCAGAGCCUCAACUGUCUCUGCUUUGAGAUCAAGCUCCGAUGAGGACCCAGGAUCUAUGCCCUUUGGGGAGCAGCCAGCCCCAGGGCCCACAUGCCCUCCUCCCUAAGGGGCCUCCAGACACCUUUCUUCAGGCCACUGGAAGCACCAAUGGCCUGCUCAGCUUGCUGUGGAGGGCCUGGCUCCCUGCAGGGCUGAACUCAGAGAGCCAGCAGGACUGCAGCCCCUUUGUAGGGCCAGAAGAGAGAGGAGCUAGUGUGCCCGCA